AUGGAUCCAACUUCGGCACAUCUAUUCCAACAUCUCAGUGGACAAUAUACAGAAUUACUGUCGAAUAGUAAUUCAAAUUUGAUGUUAUUUGGUGGUCAACAACAACAACAACAACCACCACAACAACAGCAGCAACAGCAACCACCACAACCAACUUCACUACAUUUAUUACAGCAACAGCAACAGCAGCAGCAACAACAACAAAUAACAACUUCACCUAGUACCAUUACAAAUGUUGUAAAUACAAAGAAAUCAAAGAGUGUACGUGAUUCUACAAACGGUGAAGAUGAUGAUUUCGAUGUUGAAGAUGAAGACGAUGAGGUACAACUAAAGCAGGGUCAAUCUUCAUCUACAUCGACAGCACCCGUAAAGAAACGUCGCUACAUCAUAGAUAAUUCCAAUAUAUUUCACUGGGUUCCAUAUUGUACCAACUUUUGGCAUAGACUUGUAAAUCAAUAUGGAUAUGAAGUAUUACAACCACCAACUUUAUCAGUUUUGGCAGAGAAAGGAUUUUCUUUUUCACAGGUGGAUAAUUCAUGGGUAUAUUAUAGAAGAAAUCAUUUUCAAUUAAGUAUAACGAUUCAUCAUAUGUUCAAAUUUGAUGAGAUACGCCCGUUGAUCGAUGUCAACGGUGUCAAUCGUCCUGUCGAGGGAUUGUAUAUUAGUAUUCGUGGUGUCAAGAAUGGCUCCACCGUCAUGCCAACAGAGGAGGUUGAGGUCGAACUCUACCAAACCAACUCGAAGCGUGAGAAAGCCGAAGAAAAGGCACCACCUCCUCAGCUGGUGAGUAACGCCGACCAGAUCACAAUCAGUCGUCUGCACUUCCGUAAGGCAACCUCUAACAAUGCGCGCAAACACAAGCUGCCAAACCCACAGCAAGAAUUCUUCCGAUUGGUUCUUACUAUCUCCGCGCGUUACCAAGGCCGUGACUACUGCAUUUCAUCGUUCAUAUCGGAUCCACUCAUCGUCAGAACUGGACAUCCUGCCAAUGUACAACAACAGCCCACUGGCAACGCUGCUGUUAUUUCCAACCCAUUCCCAGCAUCGCCAUCACUCUCGCACGGUUCGUUAACACCCAGCAACGUCGCCAGCGGAUCCGAACCAGAAUCACCUCAGACCGCAAUGUUUACAUUUUCAUCGGCAUCAUCAUCCCCCAGACCCAUACCAACACCCAUCAUAUCAUCGACUUCCAGCAGCAUCAACAACAAUGUUGGAAGUAAUCAAGUAGUUCGUUUGACUCCACACUUUGAACAACAACCAACCACACCACAAACUACCACAACAUCCACCAAUGAAAAUACUUCAAAUCCGCUCGUUGUCAACAACAAUAACAAUAAUAAUAAUAAUAAUAGUCAAAUGAAUACAUUUAUGUUGAAUCCAAACUUAUCUAUUAAUACUAGUAAUAUGUCAACACCUUCACCAUUACAUCUCUCUCCACUCUCGUCUCCACUGACGCCAAAUACCACAAACCAACAGAAAUCAAAUCAACAGCAACAACAACCACAACAAACAACUCAACAACAUUUGCAAAUGCUUCAUCAUCACACAUUGAUACAACAGCUACAUCACCAUUCUGUUGCAAUGGCAAAUAUGAAUGUUGCCAAUUCCAGUUCACCAAGUCAACCCGAAGCAUCGCCACCAACCAUCAUUGUUGAUAGACAUCACCAACCACAACAGCUAUCACACACCAAUAAUCAUAUUGAUAUCAAACAAGAGGAUAUGAUUAUCCCAAACCCACUUAUGAGGUCGACGACUAUGAUGACACCACAAAAUCAACACUUGCAAUCACAUAUCAUCAACCUCACAAACAACAAUUACGAACAACAACAACAACAACAACAGCAACAACAACAACAACAAAUCGCACAAGAACAUCAAUAUCAAUCACCGAUGACCUCACCCACAACAAUCCAACUUCAACAACAACAACCAACGACAACGACGACAACAACAACGACUACCUCCUCAUUCUUGCCCUCACCUCUUCAAAAUAUAAACAACAAUAAUAACAACGACAAUAUGAUGACAAUCCCAGUGACAACAAGUAAUAGUGUUGACAUGGCACCAUCUUCAACUACAUCUACCAUCGACGAAGUCGGUUGGAAUCAAAACCCUCAUGGUGGUCUCUAUCACUAUGGUAAUGUCGGUGUUAACAAUGAAAAUCCAACAGAAUCACUCUCGGUCAAUGGUAAUAUCUCUGUAACUGGUAUCCUCUUUACUCCAUCAGACCAACGUGUCAAGACAGAUAUCCGUCCAGUCAAUACCGCCGAGCAGCUUGAGCACAUCAACCGUCUGCGUCUCUAUGACUACCGUCUCAUCAAGCAAUGGACAGACGCCACCGGUGUCACUGAACCAGGCGACCGUGGUGUUCUAGCACAAGAGCUACAACGCGCUGGCAUUCCAAACGCCGUUAAACAAACCGGAGACCGUACUCUCAACGAUGGUACUGUAAUCUCUGACUUUUUGAUGGUCAACAAAGAUGCCAUCUUCAUGGAGAAUGUCGGUGCCACCCAGGAACUCUCCAAGAAGGUUGACAGCGUCCAAAUCGAAUUGGACAUACUCGACAGAGACAAGAAUCAAGUAUUAAGCAAAGUUGAUGAGUUAGAACGUGAAAUUGAAAAGAAUAAGAGAAGAAAGAAAUAUUUUAUUAUUGGUGCUAUUGUUGUUGGAGUUGUCGUGUUGGCAUUGGUUGUUACCUCCGUUUUGCUGGGAUUUAUUAAACCAAGAAUAUCACCAGAUGGUGUUCCAAUGGGAGGCGGUAAUAAUGUAGAUCCAAACUGUGAUCCAAGUACUACAAAGAACUGUGAUUCAUCAGAAAGUAAUUCAACACAUACAGCUACUACUACUUCAACAUCGACUACAACAACAACAACAACAACGUCGACUACAGCUUCACAACUAUCAGCGCUAAAAUAUCUUCCAACCAAUGUUCAAUUGGUCACCACUGGCUCAACCAACACGAACGAUAUCAACAACAAUAAUCUUCAAACCAACGACUUCCUAUCAAAUUUCCAAAAACUUUUUAUUUCAGCAAAAGAACCAUCUUAG